UUAUUCAGGAAUAAUUCAAUAAUAUACUUAUACAAAAAUAUUAAAUAACACAGUCAUCAAUUUCUAAACAUUAUUGACAGUAUAUAGUUGAAUAGUAAGCCACGAGUAGCGCUGUUGCAACAGUAACAAUAGUAGUUUACAUCAUGGUGGUAUUGUAACUGUCAACACCAAUUAAUCAAGAGAAUAAUGUCUCAUACGGUAAUAUUUCAUCGUAUUCGACAAAAAUAUUUUUUAUUUUUUGUUCCCGCUGUUUAUCCCAUUUUUGCUCGUGUUAAUAUACAUGCUUCAUUAUAUUAACGAGACGUGAUUAAAGUUUCAACAGCUUGACAUUUCAACUUCAAGGUUCACCUAAAUCAUCAACCUCGAAUCUAUUGACUUUUUUAGACAUUGCGAUAGCGACACGUAAAUGCAAUAACAUAAAUAUGAUUUGUAAAUAUUUACCAAGUCUCUCACAAUCUUAUAAACAAAUCCUUUAUAAUUUAUAUAAUAAAUAUUAUUAUAAGAACGCGACUAAGUAGACUCUUCUACCUUUCUUAUGCUUAUUGUACAUUACUUGUUUCAGGGAGCAAUUAAAAAGGUUUCAAUCACUAAAAAUGCGCACCAAUCCACCAAGUCCAAAUCAAGAAGUUCCUCUUCUACCAAAGAGUCGGAAAGCUCUGAAAAGUUGGACUUGAAAUUGGUGAAAAAGUCUGCACACUCUGAAAGAAGGGGUGAAGGUGAUAGACAUUCAAGACUAGUACAAAAUGUGAGUUCUGAUAGAGGAACUACAAAAAGAUCAACCGCACUGUCUCAAAAUAAAUCUGUUAGAGAAAGUUCAUCCUCCACAUCAAAAUUAAAUAUCAGUUCCAAAACAUCUGUAACAUCUAAAACAGCAUCUGAUCCUACAAGAAAAUUAAGCAGGAGUGAUGGAACAAAAAGUAGUAAAUCAUCUGGAAGAAUACAAAGCAGUUAUUCAGAGAAGAGGGGAUUAACCACAGUCUUUGUGCCGUCAUCUGUUACAAACAAACUUAACAGUAAAUCAGUUAAUAAGGAGACGUACUCUGUAUUAAAAGAAAAAGCGAUGGCAAGGACAAAUCCAAGCGCAUCAGAUAAAAGUGAUUCAAAAAUGAAGUCUAGACAUCGCAAAUUAUCUAGAACAUUGAGUCCAAGCGAAGUGAGAGUAUUACACUCUGCCAAACCAAGAUCAGAUUCUUUGCAAAAGGAUCAGAAUAAUAAAAAUAAAUCAGAAAUGUCUCAGAUAGAAAACGAAUACGAUUACGAAGAUGACUUUGAGGACUAUGAAUCUGAUUUUCAAGAAUGCACAGAUAGUGAAACAUCAGAAGUGAGCGAAGAAUCGAGCAGCAGUCAUAAUAAUUUACCACCAUUGGAUCCUAUCGAAUUGCACACUACAAAACAGCGCAAAGUAGUGAAUAACGCUGAACAGCAAAAGGAAGAAGAGCAUAUGCACGAUUCUGGUCAUUACGAACUCGCAGAAGCUAGGAGAAGAGCGGCAAGAGUAGAAGCAAUUGUGAAUGACCCGAAGCUGGCUUCUCUUAUCGAAUUAAAACAACCAGUUAACAAAGCAUUUAGUGAAGACAGAUUAUCCGAAAGUAAAUCAUUACCACUGUCUACCGAUGAAGGUUUCGAAGAUAGCCGUUCAGGCGAUUUCACAAAAUCGCCGCCGCUUUCACAGAUCUCAUUUAUCGACUUUCGCAAGACCAAAGAGAAUCAAAGAGCAAAGAAAUCCAAGAAAAGUCUAAGCAGAGGCGAAGAACUUUUGGAAAUGAUAAAACUAGAUGUCAUGGAAUGGUCCCUUCUGGAAUGUUCGCCUAUACCGUACGAAGAAUUUAUUAGAAACUAUGGAAAAUUAAAUACUCAACAAAUAUCUACACAGACUGGCGAAGAUAACAUCGACGUAGAAACACAAACGGACAAAAUUAUGUUUAAGAAUAAGUGGACACAGUUUCCAAUCACUUGUAGAAGCAAUUUACAAACUAAAGAAGAUUUGAAUUUAUUUCAAAUGGAUCAAAUCGGCGUUGGUGAUGAUAAUGAGGAAGAAACUAUGAACUUUUUACCACGACCAACUUUUGAUGUACUAAGAUUAAGCGACUUCUUAGGUCGCGCUGGAAGAAUAAUGUUAUCGCUGUUAGAGGAAAGAAGAUCUGGUGGAAAUUUAUUUAAAAACGAAGAACAAGUACCCUUCAGCGACGGCGUCGUGAAGCUUUCUGUAAAUUCGGUAACAUUUCUGGCUGGCAAAGCAGUAACGAUAAUUCAUUAUUCAGAAGUUCUGAACAAGGUGUUAGUGACUAUUCACGCUUCGACUGAAGAGGAAAUUGAGACUUCUAACAAACAAGACUACAUAACUGACUGUUGCAUUGGAUGUAUCUGGAGUAUUUCUGAACCAUCGAUGCCGAUGAAAUUAUUUUACUCAACCUGUCCUAUCACCGCUUGUUGUUUCCAUUUAACGAAUUACAAUGUUGUAUUUGCUGGCCUGCAAGAUGGCUCGAUAAGUCUGUGGGAUUUAAAGGAAGAUGAAAUGUGGCACCAGAAAAUGACCGAUACAGCCAACGAACUGAAUUGGACGAUACGAACGCCUACUUACACGACAGCUGCAAACAUAGAAUCAAACAUACACGAUUCACCAAUCGUUACGAUACGCAUACUGUCUAAGAUUGAAGAAAAAUCGUUAGAACGAUGUAACAAUAAAUUUGUACCCAUUCAGAUAUGUAGCUUAAAUGAAAAAGGUUCUCUUAUAAUAUGGAGCGUUUUACACAGCAUGGGAAUAAAUGUCGACGAUUUAGGGCUGUCGUAUUGGGGUAGUAUAAGGCUCGUUAAAAGUCAAGAACUUCUUUUGCAAUCUGAUACUCUUAAAAAAAGGAUCGAUGCGGCUGCAUUUAUCGAUAUGCAUGUGGAUUGCGUUGAUAGUAAUAAUCUUUAUAUCGCAACUAACGGUAGCACCGUUUUGCAUGCUACUUGUAUUGGUAACAAAGCUAGUCCUGCCAUGUACAAAAAAUUGGGUACUAGUGCCUGUGGAAACGUAACUUGUAUAGAAAUGUGCCCAUUUGAUCAAUCUUUCUUUUUGGUUGGUUGCGACGAUGGUACACUUCGAUUGCAUUCCUUGAAUACUGAGAAACCGAUUUUACAAUUGAGGGAUGAAGACAAUAUACAUGCGAUUAAGUCGGUGCAGUGGUCAAAGUCAAAACCAUUUACAAUUUUCGUACUGGACAAUAAUUCGCGAAUACAUAUAUGGGAUUUAACUAACAGUGAUAUUUACUCGACGUAUUCUGUGAGUAUGCAAAAAUGCGGAUUUAUAAAUAGUAUGCAGCUAUCGUCCUGUAAAACCGAACGAGACAUGUCUCAUCAAUAUCUGGCCCUAGGGACGGAAUCAGGGAACGUAGAAAUACAUAAAUUAAAAGCGAAUUUUUGUUACUCGAAAAAAGAAGAUUACUUGCAGGAAUUGAACACUUUCAUGCGAUACGUCGCAAUUUUAUAACUGAACUAAAAUCGUUAAUGAAAAACACUCGAAGGAAUUGAAUUUGUUUGUACUUCCAAUGAUUUUAUAUGUUGACUUUUUAUGUUAGUUAAAGACAAUCUUUUCAACACAAUAAUAGAAUUGUAAUAUUCUCAUUAAUAUUAUGGAACUGCAAAGUACAAGGAAAUCUUAGAAGGUGUACUGAUCUGUUUAAAAGUAUUUCAGAAGUAUAUAAUUUGCAAUAAACCCAU